UGCUUCGUCGCUGUCUAUAGUGAUGAUGAAUCGUCUAAAGACAAUUACCCGUUCCCUCCGAUUCCUCGACUCGUCUCUCGCCACCCGACACAUUGAAACUCGGUCACUCCAACUCGCUCUGAACCAGGUGACUCACUUUUCUCUCAACACUACUACUGCACCUUCACCUUCUUCCCUUUCGAAUCAUCACUCUUGCAAUCACCGCUUUUCAAGCAUUCAUCACAGAUUCUUCUUUUCUUCAAAACCAAGCUCCAUAUUGGAGCUUGUUUUGACGAGCGAUUGGUCCCAAUGGUUAGAGCUAGAGUUAGACAAGUGUUGCCUCUUUUUGACCCAUGAAACUGUUAUUUACGUUUUGAAGAAUUUGGAUAAAAACCCAAUUAAAGCUUCGUGUUUUUUCAACUGGGUCAGCGAGAAACAAUGGUUCAGACCAAGUUCCUCAGUGUAUAGUUUAGUUGUUAGGAUCUUGGCCAAGAAGGAAACUAGGGAACAAUUUUGGAUAACUCUAGUAGCCAUGAAGAAAAAUGGAUUCUUUCUUGAUACUGAAACUUAUUUGCCAAUUUUAGCUGCUUUUAAGAGGGAUAAUUUGAAGAGUGAUUGUGAGGGUCUUGCCCACUUUUAUAAACAAAUGAUUCGGGAAAAUGCAAGGGAGAGUGUUGUCAACAAUGUGGUUGGUAUUAUUACAGCGUCUGAAUGGGGUAUUGAGGUUAUGGAGAAAUUGGGGAAACUUAACAUUCAUCUGUUUGAUAAUUUUGUAGCGAGGGUUGUUAAAGAACUUAGAGGUUGUCCUUUGAAAGCGUACCGAUUCUUUCGUUGGGUUGGUGAGCAAUCUGGUUAUGAGCAAAAUGCAGUGACUUAUAAUGCAAUUGCAAGAACUCUUGCUAGGGCUAAUAGAAUUAAUGAGUUUUGGGAAGUCAUAGAGGAAAUGAAGAGUGUAGGUUAUGAAUUGGAUGUUGAUACAUAUACAAAAAUAUCGAGGCAGCUUCGAAAGAAUAGGAUGAUAGAGGAUGCUGUUGAGCUUUAUGAGCUUAUGAUGGAUGGAUCAUGCAAGCCAUCGGAUCAGGACUGCAGUUCCCUUUUAGUGCACAUCUCAGAUAGUCAUACACCAAAUUUAGAUUUAAUAUUCAGAAUAAUAAAUAAAUAUGAGUUGAACCGGCAUACUCUCCCAAAGGCAAUCUAUGAUGGAGUCCAUAGGUCUUUGGCAGGUGCUGGGAAAUUUGAUGAAGCUGAAACUAUUGUUGGGAGUAUGAGAAAUUCUGGAUAUGAGCCUGAUAAUGUCACAUUUAGUCAAAUGGUUUUUGGACUUUGCAAGAUGGGGAGGUUAGAAGAAGCGUGUAAAGUGCUCGAAGAGAUGGAAUCUUGUGGAUGCAUCCCUGAUAUCAAGACUUGGACCAUCUUGAUCCGAGGGCAUUGUUCUGCCAAUGAAAUGGAUAAGGCAUUACUUUGUUUUGACAAGAUGUUUGAAAAGGGAUGCAGUCCAGAUGCUGCCGUGUUAGGUGCUUUAGUUGACUGUUUUCUUAGCCAACAGAGAAUAGAGGAUGCAUACAACUUUCUUGAAGAGACAGUUAGAAAUUUUGUUACAUCUCCAUGGCAAGGUACAUAUAAGAAACUGAUUGAAGGCCUAUUAGAAAUUGAGAAAUUAGAGGAGGCACUUGACCUUAUGUGUUUGAUGAGGAAACACAAGUACCCUCCAUUCAUUGAAUCGAUUAUUCGAUAUAUUUCAAAAUCUGGGACCGUGGAUGAUGCUGUAAAGUUCCUGAAGGCAUGGAGUACGGAAAGUCCUCAAUCCCAUUCCGCCUAUGUUCAUGUGUUUGAAUCGUUCUUCAGAGAAGGUAGAGAGUCUGAUGCCAGAGAUCUAUUGAGUAAGUGUCGCCGCCAUAUAACUAAACGAAAAGAAAUCCGUGCACUUUUUGGUUCAGUAAGGAAUUGCAAGGCUGCAGUUGCAGGUAGCACGUAGCCCGGACGUUGACAUGUGCUGCCUCUAGAAAACCAUCCUGAGGCUGAGUCCCCAACCCUGGUGGACUGGCUUGAAAGAUAAACAAGCACAGGCUGCUAGUGCUACUUGAUACUUCUAAUAUUUGCCUGCCUGGUGGAAUAAGUAAAGCUCCAUAAUUUCAGUUUGAAGUUCUUAGGAGGGAAUAAAACCUCUCUAAACUCUUAAGACUAACCAUAUCUAUUUGAUUCAGCAAUUUGUUGUUGAUCCUGUAAGUCUAUUCUAUCCAUGUCUGAUCACAUGCCCUUCAUAUUGGAAAAUGAAAAAUCUGUGUAUUUUGCUUCGUACAGGCUAAUAUCUGGUAAUGGAUCAUAUGUGGUGGUUGACAAAUCUAAAUCUUCAUUUUCUGUAAUGUUUUCUUCAUUUUUACCGCUUAGAAGAGUGUCAUUCAUCACUUACUGUUCAUACUUUGGGUCGAAGAUGUCCGACCCGAGACGAUCGACGACAAGCCAAUCGACCUCUUCAGGUCCGAACUAUCCGACCUCUUCUCCAAGAGCUCGGCCAAAUCACCAGGAGAGCUCAAAAAGAGCCCAAAUAGAGGAACACGACCCAAAUCCAAAGGCAGCCCAAAGCCUAUCGAGAUAAGGGCGGUUCUCUUGAAGAUAAGAUGACUUCACCCAAAGAUAAGAUAAGAUAACUAUCUUAUCUCCAGAAAGAUCAUUUCACACUAUUAUAAAUACACUAGAGCACUCAGGUAUAACUCAUACUCCGAUUCUACUAAAAAACCUACUUAAUACCCUUGCUAACUUAAGUAUCGGAGUUCCUUGCAGGUACCACCACCCUCCGGUGACGAAGGAUCAGCACAACCACCAGGUCCAACAUGUCAAACACGGUGGCUCCGCCCAUCAUCAUCAAGUCGGAUAUAACAGCUCCGACCAGUACAGAAGAUCUCAUCCGAGAUCGACCUACAGUUUCAGGUAACACUCGAAACAUUGGUGCCAUUGCCGGAGAAGUUGGAAGUCAUCCCAUCAUCAUGGCAGACAACUUUGACAACGACCACAACUCUAAUCUAGAGGACAGGAUGCCGCACAAGAACACGGACGCCACAUCAAAGGAUACUCCUCAACUAAACAAAGAUAAUAGUCCGCCAAAUGCAGAAAUCCUAGAGGCAUUUCAGCCUCAACAAGAACGUCUUAAACAACUCGAAAAAGAAGCCAAGUAUCAACGAGCAGCCAAGAAGGACCUCAAAAGGAAAACUAGGCAACGAAAAGAGCUGGAACACAAACUAUUAUAGCUUGAAGCAGAUCUAAAAAAGACUACUCGAUUCAAUCACGAGGGUAAUCCCCACAAGGAUCAAGACCCGUUCACCAAAGAGAUUAUGAAAGCCAAAGUCCUAAAAGACUUCAAAGCUCCCGACAUAACCCCGUACGACGGCACAUCAGAUCCAAGCCAUUAUCUCAGUAAUUUCAAAAACAGAAUGUAUCUCACCGAUGCCUCGGAUGCAAUCCGGUGCAAAGCCUUCCCAACAACCUUAACCAAAACGGCAAUUAAGUGGUUCGACAGCCUACCCUCGAGGUCCAUCUCAAGCUUUGACGACUUAUCAGGAAAGUUCAUCGCCAGAUUCUCCAUCCAGAAGGACAAAGCCAAGCACGCCCCAAGCUUGUUAGGGAUCAAGAAAGGAGAUCGGAAAAGUCUUCGCAACUACUUGGAAAGAUUCAACAAAGCAUGUCUAGACAUACAAAGUUUGCCAACUGAAGCAGCCAUUAUGGGUCUCAUCAAUGGCCUAUGAGAGGGGCCUUUUAGUCAUUCCAUCUCAAAGAAACAUUCCACAUCUCUAAAUGAAGUAUAAGAACGAGCAGAAAAGUACAUCAAUAUAGAGAAAAACUUUCGACUAGGAGAGACCUCGAAAUUCGGAUACUUUUACUCCUCUCGAGAUAAGGAUAAAGAGUCUAAGUAAAAAGAAGAUCAGCAUGGAGAGAAGAUCAAGAAAUACCACAAUUACACCCCUCUCCGGGUGUCUCUCGUGGAAGUAUACCGAGAAGUAUACCACACUGAAAAGAUCCCACCACCUCGCCCACUUAAAAGCAAAAAAUGAUGGAGGAGGAAAUCGGACGGAAUACUGCGAAUACCAUCGAAUCUAUGAACAUCCCACCGACGAGUGCUUCGACUUGAGGAAUGUCAGAGAAAUUGAUAAGAGAAGGGAGACUAGAUCGGUACCUAGCCAGUAAGACAGAUGAGCCCAGAAAAAGAAGAGACGAAGAGGUCGGACGAACAGAACGACCACCUCGUACCCCAGAGAGACAUGUUCACAUGAUACAUGAAGGAUUUGCGGGAGGAGGAAUCUCCAAAUCAUCUCGUAAAAGACACCUCAAAGAAAUAUAUCACCUGGAGGAGAAGGAGCACCUGACCUCUUUACUAUUACUUUCACUAAAGAGGAAGCAGUUGGCGUCAUCUCGGGACAUGACGAUUCCAUGGUCAUCACUAUUAUAUUGGCCAACACUAACCUCCACCGCACACUGGUGAUCCAAGGAAGUUCAGCUGACAUCUUGCUCAAAACCGCCUUCGAUAAACUCGGCUUGGAAGAAAAAGAGCUCAAAGCAUAUCCGAACAGCUUAUCCGGAUUAGGAGACACUCCAAUCCAACCACUUGGAUACAUCUCGCUACACAGAACCAUUGAAAAGGGAAACCGGUCAAGGACACUCAACAUAGACUAUAUUGUGGUCGACAUGAGCUCAGCCUACAAUGCCUUAAUAGGUCGGACAACGCUAAAUCAGCUCGGGGCAGUAGUCUCAAUUCCACAUCUAUGUAUGAAGUUCCCAACUACAGAAGAGAUCGCUACGAUAAAAGGAGACCAGAAAAUAGCACGACGCUGUUACAAUGAAAGUCUGAACCUUAUAGGCAAAGGAGAAGAAAUCUAUACCAUCGAACUCAAGGAAAUUCGAGGUCGGGAAGAACCCCAUCCACAGCCAAAAGUCUAGAUCGGAGAUGUCCCAGAUAAAACAACCAAUAUCGGCACAAUCCUAAAGGGAGAAGUAAAAAAGUCCCUCAUACAGUUCUUAAAAGAUAAUAAUGACCUCUUCACAUGGAAGGCCGCAGACAUGACGGGCAUAGACCCCAAGCUAAUGUGCCACAAGCUUGCAGUAUAUCCAGGAUUUCGGCCGGUACAGCAGAGGCAUAGAAAGCUCGGACCAGAAAGAUCCCAAGCUGUGGAAGAACAGGUGCAAGCUCUACUAGAGGCAGGAUUCAUUAGAGAAGUCAAGUACCCACUAUGGCUAGCCAAUGUUGUCUUGGUGAAAAAGUCAAAUGGGAAGUGGCGGAUGUGCACUGAUUACACCGACCUCAACAAAGCUUGCCCAAAAGAUCUUUAUCCACUCCCAAACAUCGACACUCUAGUGGACGCCUUUUCCGGAUACAAGUACCUCUCAUUUAUGGAUGCCUAUUCAAGAUACAAUCAAAUCCCGAUGUACCCACCUGAUCAAGAAAAAACCUCAUUCUUAACACCCAAAGCGAACUAUUGCUACGUCGUCAUGCCAUUCGGACUCAAAAACGCAGGAGCUACCUACCAAAGGUUAAUGAAGAAAGUAUUCACAAAUCACAUUGGAAAACUAAUGGAGGUAUACGUGGACGAUAUGCUAGUCAAGACACAACGCGAGGAAUUAUUACUGUCCGACCUCGCCCAAGUGUUCAAUACCAUAAGAAAGCAUGGCAUGCGACUUAACCUUGCGAAAUGCACCUUCGCAGUAAAAGCUGGCAAAUUCUUAGGAUUCAUGCUCACACAAAGAGGAAUUGAAGCAAACUCGGACAAGUGCCAGGCCAUACUCAACAUGAAAAGCCUGACCUGUGUCAAAGAAGUGCAAUAACUCAAUGGGCGACUGUCAGCCUUGUCCAGAUUUCUAGCAAAAUCAGCCAUAAGAUCUCUCCCCUUCUACGCUACGCUAAGGAAGGGAAAGAAGUUCGAAUGGACAUCAGAGUGCGAGCUAGCUUUCCAGGAUUUCAAAAGAUUCCUAGGACAACCACCCGUUCUUAGUCGACCUCGGGAAGGAGAAGCACUCAUAUUAUACCUAGCAGUAGGAAGCCGGGCAAUAGUAGCCUUGGCACUAGUUCAAAAGGACGAAAGUGGACAGUAACCUAUAUACUUCAUCAGCAAAGCACUAUAAGGGUCCGAACUGAACUAUCAAAAGAUAGAGAUGUUCACCUACGCUCUCAUAUUAACCUCUCAACCACUUCGUCCAUACUUCCAGGCUCAUACCAUCAAGGUUCGGACCAACCAGCAUUCUGCAGAAAAUAGAUUUAGCGGGGAGAAUCCUACAGUGGGCAGUCGAGUUGUCCGAAUUCGACCUCCAAUAUGAAGCUCGGACAGCGAUCAAAUCACGGUAUUUGGCCGACUUCAUUGUAGAAUACACUGACACUCCGAAAAUCCCUACAAAGUGGAAACUUUACGUGGACAAAUCUUCCAAUAAAACCGGGAGCGGAGCAGGCGUGAUAAUAGAAAUUAAUCAGGAAACCCAAAUCGAACUCUCACUAAAGUUUGAGUUCCCUGCUUCCAAUAACCAGGCUGAGUAUGAGGUGUUAUUGGCUGCUUUGAAGCUGACUAAAGAAGUCGGAGCCCAAAAACUUGUCAUCUUUAGCGACUCACAGGUUGUCACCUCGCAAAUAGUAGGGACCUACCAAGCCAAAACCAGGGAACAACUCGGGCAAUUCCAGGAAUAUGAAAUCCAACAUAUACCUCGGGAACAGAAUGCUCGAGCUGAUGUACUCUCAAAAUUAGCCAGCACCAAACCGGGGGGCAAUAAUAGGAGCCUCAUGCAGGAAGUACUACAAAACCUGUCAAUCUCAGAAGAAGAAAAAAUCGCAGCCAUAUCAGGCCAAGAUCAAGGAUGGAUGACUCCCAUAAUUAACUACCUCAAAUUAGAUAUACUCCUUACAGCUAAGCAGGAGGCAAAUAGGUUAAAAUGGGAGGCACAAUAUUACACCAUCAUAAACAACAUUCUAUACAAGAGAGGAAUUUCGACAUCUCUACUAAAAUGUGUACUGAUCUCUAACACAAGAGAUAUUGGAAAAGAUACAUAUUGGCGCCUGUGGGAACCAUCUCGGAGCACGAGCCCUAGCCAAAAAAGUACUCCGAGCCAGAUUCUUUUGGCCGACUUUGCAAAAAGAAGCCACCGAGUACAUUAAGACGUGUCCACCAUGUCAGAAACAUGCUAACUUCCAUGUCGCCCCACCAGAGGAGCUCAUCAGCGUGACAUCACCUUGGCCAUUUGCAAAGUGGGGACUCGACCUUCUCGGGUCCUUCCCACAAGGGUCGGGACAGGUUAAGUUUCUCAUUGUAGGGGUAGAUUAUUUCACAAAAUGGAUAGAGGCAGAGCCCUUAGCCAAUGCCACGGCCCAAAGAAGUUGGAAUUUCCUAGAUAGGAACAUUAUUACGAGGUUUGGGGUUCCUUACUCCAUCACCACAAGGCAUGGCACUCAGUUCACAGACGCAGGAUUUAGAAAAUUGGUAGCUGACCUGAAGAUAAAGCACCAAUUCACAUCCGUGGAACACCCGUAGGCUAAUGGACAAGCAGAAGCUGCCAAUAAAGUCAUACUAGCCAGGUUAAAAUGGAGGCUACAGGACGCAAAGGAGCCUGGGCCGAAGAACUCCCACAAGUCCUAUGGGCAUAUCGGACAACUCCACACUCCACCACAAAAGAAUCACCCUUCCGAUUGGCUUAUGGAAUGGCGGCAAUGAUACUGGUAGAAGUUGAAGAAGGAUUUUCCAGAACGAUCCUCUACAGCGAAGAAGCUAACCCCCGACUCCAAAGGGAAGAGCUCGGCCUACUCUCAGAAGUCCGAGAAAGAGCUCGGAUCAGAGAAGAAGCACUAAAACGCCGCAUGGCCUUAAGAUACAAUCAAAAGGUAGUGCAACAAAGCUUCGCCAACAAUGACCUCAUCCUAAUCCGAAAUGAUAUCGAAACAAGUCGACCCGGAGACGGAAAGCUAGCAGCUAAUUGGAAAGGACCUUAUCGAAUCACAGAGGUACUGGGAAAAGGUUACUACAAAGUGUCCGAACUCGAGGGCCGAGAGCUAUCGAGAUCAUGGCACGCCUGCAAUCUAAGAAGGUAUUAUAGUUAAAAGGUAAUAAAAGAUCUUAGGACAAAGGUGCACUCUUUUUCCUAAAAGAGGUUUUUUAAUGAGGCACCAUGCCAAGAUCUACAAAAUUACCUAGGGUAAGCACCCACAUGUAUAUAUUUCGCAUAUUUUCUAUUUUGAAUAAAGUUUUUCAGAUUUCCUACAAAAUCACUUUAUCAAGACGCAUUAUUCUGAAAACGCAAAAUUCAUCGUCUGAUUAUAAAGUUACAGAUCGGCAAAAGUGAAAACCAAAUUCACUACCCGAUGUGAUCGACAAAGAAUGAAAAUCGAAUUCAUCAAAGAUCGACCAAGCGAGGAUCAAACUCUACAAAAUCAGUAAAGAUGAAAAGCAAUAAAAAUAGAAUAAUGCAAGAAGUUAUAAAAAGCAAUCCAUGAAUAGAGGCCUGACGAGGUCUGAAACAAAAAUGGAUUGCUAAGAAAUAACUUGGAAUGGACCGACGCAAAAGAAGUCGGAUCAGAUCAAAGCGAGAAAAAAUUAUAAAAAGUAAUCCCUAAAAAGAGGCCUGACCUGCACUAAAAAGCGGAUUACUAGAAAUAACUUCUAAAGGGACCGACAAGAAGAAGUCGGACUAAAGCUACAAAAAGUUAUAAAAAGUAAUCCGUAAAAAGAGACCUGACAAGGUCCAAAUAAAACGGAUUACUAGAAAUAACUUCUAAAGGGACCGACAAGAAGAAGUUGGACUAAAGCUACAUAAAGUUAUAAAAAGUAAUCCGUAAAAAGAGACUUGACAAGGUCCAAACAAAACGGAUUACUAGAAAUAACUUCGAAGGGGCUCAUACGACGAAGUCGGCCCAGAAAGCUACAAAAGUUAUACAAAGUAAACCAUAAAAAAUAGACCGGACAAGGUCCAAAUAAAAUGGAUUACUCAAAAUAACUUGGGGGUUGACCUACAUGAAGAAGUCAGCCCGAGGCGACCAAAAGCGACAGAGUUAUAAAAAGUAAACCCAAGGGAUUACUAGAAAUAACUCAAGAAAAGAUCAACAAAAGAGAAUCAACCAACAAAAGGCGCGUGUCAAAAGGGAGACAACUCGACCCGAAAGACCACGGCCUCGCCAAAAUCAAUUUACAAAGUAUUCAGUCAAAGAAUACUCAAACAAACAACCUGCUUUAAAAAGGACACUUCAACUAAGGCAGGAAACAAACAAAGCACAAAAGACAAUCAAAAGAGGUUGGACAAAUAAGACUUCCACACUCUGAAGAUUCCCGAAAAGUGCUAAAGAAAGCUGCAGGUAAGCAUAUCAAAAGAAACAAAGCUGUUACCAUAAAACAGACUCAAGAGGCCGCUUGAAGCCAACUGAUGUGUGGAAAACGAUCCAACACAAAACUCAACGGCAAGUGUACCGGGUCGCAUCAAGUAAUAAAACUCACGGGAGUGAGGUCGAUCCCACAGGGAUUGAAGGAUUGAGCAAUUUUAGUUCGGUGGUUGAUUUAG